AUUCGUUCAAGAUUAUUAUUAAUAGUUGUUUUCCCAAAAUCGUAGAGUUGAAAUGUUACACUAAUUCAUAUCUGUACACUAAAAUGAUAUGCAUGCGAAAAUGCUUAAUACUAACUAAUUUUGUGCAUUAAAAUAACAUAAAAUAACUUUGUAUAUACCCUAAGGUAUGUUCUGUGAUAUAAACAUUACACACUUAGUGCAAAUUGCCAAGUGUUUUAAUGUUUUAGAUAGUUUUAAUGAGUACGCAUGAGCUCAGCUCAACUAUUUGGAAUUCAAUUUCUCUAUGAGCAACAUAACCUUACAUUUUUGACAGGUGAUAUCUAAACCGAGAGUGUAUUAUAUGCAUUGUAUUCGUUAGAACUUAGAAAUUUAAGUUUCUGAUAUCAAAAUUACACCGGAAAAUGAUGAGAUUUAGUAGAAAAUCAAUAAAGCUUCUCACAACCGUUAUUAGAAAUAAUUCAGAUUUUAUUAUUAAUCAUAACGGAAAAAGAUGUUCAGUAAUAACACUGAGAUACAAUUUUGUUCAAUCUUCUUUCUAUUCACAAGGUAAUAAAUCUACAUUACAACACGACGAUAAUAAAACUACUUCACCGCUUGGAAGUUUAUUAAAGGAAAGUAAUGAUACAGUACAAGAAAAAAUAGAAGAGGAAGAGAAGAAAAAGCAAAGAGAAAACUCAUGGCGAACGAUGAAACUGACUUUGGCAUUUUUUGGAGUUUCUUUCACAUGUUUAGGAGCAUACAUAGUUUUUACAUUAGGAGCACCAGAAAGAGAUCUUAAUGGAAAUUUGAUAAAAGAUGAUCUAAUAGAAAAACCUAUUGUUUUACAGUAUUUUAUUAGAUCAUAUAGACAAUUAGAUUAUUAUAGGAGGUUGAUCAAAGAACCUUCCAGAGAAAAAUUGUUACCAGAUCCAUUGCAGUACCCUUAUUUGCAACCUAAAUAUACAUUGGUAUUAGAAUUAACGGAUGUACUUGUGCAUCCUGACUGGACUUACAGUACUGGAUGGAGAUUCAAGAAACGUCCAAUGUUGGAUUAUUUCCUAGAAACGCUGCAUGGAUCUUAUGAAAUAGUAAUUUACACAGCAGAGCAAGGAAUGACAGUAUUUCCAUUAAUUGAUGCUAUAGAUCCUAAAAACAUUAUAGCUUAUAAACUUGUUCGAGAUGCUACUCAUUUUUCUGGAGGCCAUCACGUAAAAAGUUUAGACAAUCUUAAUAGAGACUUAUCAAAGGUAAUUUGUGUUGACUGGAAUGCCCAAAAUGUUAAAUUUAACCCUGAGAAUUUGUUAAAUAUUCAAAAAUGGACUGGAAAUGAUGAUGAUACUUCAUUAGUUGAUUUAGCAGCUUUUUUGAAAACUGUCGCUGAUAACGAUGUAGAGGAUGUAAGAGAAGUUUUAAGACAUUAUAGUAGCUAUGAUGAUCCUAUAGCUGCUUUUAGAGAAAAACAGAAACAACUUUUAGAAGAGCUAGAAGCGCAAGCUGCUGCUAAAAGAGAUAAGGCUCAAUCGAGGACUUUAUGGGCGCCUAGUCUUUUCAAUAGAAAACCAUUUUAGAAUACCAAGUUCGUGACAUUUAUUAUUGUUGUUACUUAUUGUUGACUUGUAAAUAUUUUGUAUACUGGUGUGAUUUUCAAUUUAGCAUACUAAUGUAGAACUUACUUAGAUUAUUGUAAAAAUUUUAUAAUAAACUUUCUUUUUAAUGUUCCAAUAAACAUGAGUUACAUUUUAAAA